AUGUUGCCGUGGCUGCUGCUUCUGCUCUUUGCUCCCACAGGCAUCCAGUCAGACUGGCUGAGCAUUGACGUGCCACGCCAUGCCUAUGAAGGAGACCAGGUGGUUGUGAGAUGCUCUGGGGAAGAUAAUGACAAAAUCAGGAAGCUGAUGUACUACAAAAACGGAGACAGGAUAGCCACUUAUGAUGACGCCUCAAAGUAUACCAUUUCAAACGCAAAAAUCAGCGACAGCGGUUCCUAUUAUUGUAAGACGGAGAGGAAAAAGUUCUGGUUCAUAUAUGUGACUGAAGAAUCAAGUACGAAAUGGCUGACUGUUCACGAGUUGUUUCCACCCCCUAGUCUGACAGUCAGCGCCUCCCAACCCACUGAGGGAACGUCAGUGACCCUGUCCUGUGGCACCAGGCUCCCUUCAGAGAGGUCAUGGACAGAGCUUCACUACUCAUUCUUUAGGGGCGGUCAGACCCUGCAGUCCGGCUGGAGAUCAUCAUUCCAGAUGUCCGCAAUACGGAAAGAAGACUCCGGAGAUUACUGGUGUAAGGCAAUGACUGCAUCGCACAGCGUCUCUCGGAGCAGCUCUCGGUCCUACAUCACUGUGCACAGGGUCCCUGUGUCUGGUGCAGUCUUGGAGACCCCGCCCUGGGGAGCUUGGGCAUUUGAAGGGAAGACACUGGUCCUUGUCUGCUCUGUGGUAGAAGGCACAGGGGACACCACGUUCUCCUGGUACAGAGAAGACACAAAGGAGAGUCUGGGCAGGAAAAGUGGGCGUUUCCAAAGAGCAGAGUUAGAAAUCCCUGCGAUCAACGAGAGCCAUGCUGGGAGUUACUACUGUACCGCUGACAAUGGCUAUGGCCUUGUCCAGAGUGCAACCUUAAACAUCACAGUGAAAAUUCCAGUGUCUCAGCCUGUCCUCACUUCCAGUGCUCCCAGGAACCAGGCCUUCGCUGGGGAUCUGUUAGAGCUUCACUGUGAAGACAAGAGGGCAUCUCCUCCAGUUCUGUACUGGUUUUAUCAUGGAAAUGUCACGCUGGGAAACAUCUCAAUGCCUUUUGGAGGAGCAGCAUCCUUCAUCCUCUCCCUGACUGUAGAACAUUCUGGUAACUAUUCCUGUGAAGCAGACAAUGGCCUUGGGUCCCAAAGCAGUGAAGCAGUUACUCUCAAUGUCAAAGAGCCACCACCCAAAAUUCGUUUGAUGUAUGGCGCCCACCGCUGCGAAGGGCGGGUGGAAGUGGAGCAGGAAGGUCGCUGGGGCACCGUGUGCGAUGAUGGCUGGGACAUGAAGGAUGUGGCCGUGGUGUGCCGGGAGCUAGGCUGUGGAGCAGCUAAGCACACACCUGCAGGCGUGAUAUACCUUCCAGAGGCAGAAGAGGACCAACCUGUGUUUAUUCAGGUCGCCCUGUGCAACGGGACAGAAGAGGCCCUGGCUGAAUGUGCACAGAUUGAGACCUUCGACUGUGGACAUGAUGAAGAUGCAGGCGCAGUGUGUGAAAAAUGCUACUUGGGCUGA